UAAGAAGUAAAGUUUGUAACUUCCAUGUACUAAUUGCAGCACAAAAUCUAAAGCCACUAAAGAGUAAGAGUAUCGCAGCAAAGCAGGAGUUUCUAUAAAGCAAGACGAAAAAGAAUUACAGGUGUAUGUAAAAGCGGUAUCAAUGUCAAUCGAUCUCAAUGAUUUCACCGUUGUCAAGGAAGGAGAGGCUGAGAUUCUGAUGCAUGCCAAAAAUGAAGUGUUCUUCAAUAAAGCACAGGUUAACAACCGAGAUUUGUCUAUUGCUGUCUUGAGGACAUUUAUACCCAAACGCCAACAGGAGCAUGAGGCAAUGUCGUUGAAAAGAGCAAAAUCGACCCCAAAGAAUUAUGAGAAUGGUGCUUCUAAAACUGUUAUGGAAGAGGCAUUGAAUGAGUCCCACAUGAAUGGUGAGCAGUCUAUUGCUGAAUUGGAAGUACCUGGAGAGAUGUCUGGAGAUGAACAGUGUACUGUAUCAAAAGAACCAGAAAAGACUGAUGAGCCAAAAUUUUGUGCCGAACUGAAGCCUCCAAGAGUUCUUGAGGCGCUGUCAGCUUCUGGGUUAAGAGCACUGAGAUAUGCUCGAGAAGUGGAUGGGAUUGGUCAAGUUGUAGCCUUGGACAAUGAUAAAGCCUCAGUUGAAGCAUGUAGGAGAAAUAUAAAGUUCAAUGGUUCGGUGGCAAUUUCAAAGAUUGAAUCACAUCUUGCUGAUGCUCGUGUAUAUAUGCUGACCCACCCUAAAGAAUUUGAUGUGGUUGAUCUUGAUCCUUAUGGUUCUCCUUCUGUGUUCUUGGACUCUGCCGUCCAAUCUGUUGUUGAUGGUGGCUUGCUGAUGUGUACAGCAACUGAUAUGGCAGUUCUGUGUGGGGGUAAUGGGGAGGUUUGCUAUUCCAAAUAUGGUUCCUACGCAUUGAGAGGAAAGUAUUGCCAUGAAAUGGCUUUGAGGAUCCUCCUUGCCAGCAUUGAGAGCCAUGCUAACCGCUACAAGCGGUAUAUUGUUCCUGUGCUAUCUGUCGCUAUGGACUUUUAUGUUCGGGUUUUUGUUCGCAUCUACACUUCUGCCAGUGCAAUGAAGAACACACCACUGAAGCUCUCAUAUGUUUAUCAGUGCAUUGGUUGUGAUUCCUUCCAUCUUCAGCCUCUUGGGAGGACAGUCUCAAAGAAUAAUAGCGUGAGGCAUCUUCCUGGGUUUGGUCCUGUUGUUCCUCAAGAGUGCAGCGACUGUGGGAAAAAAUUUAACAUGGGUGGACCUAUAUGGUCUGCUCCUAUCCACGAUGAAGAGUGGGUGACUCGCAUGCUAGCUGAUGUGAAAUCUGUUAAGGACCGGUAUCCUGCUUAUAAUCGCAUAUCUUCUGUAUUGACGAAUGUAUCUGAGGAAUUGCCUGAUGUUCCACUCUUCUUGAGUCUGCACAAUCUCUGUGGAACACUGAAAUGCACUUCGCCCUCAGCAGUAAUCUUUCGCUCCGCAGUUAUCAAUGCAGGAUACCGCAUCUCUGGAACUCAUGCAAAUCCAUUAGGUCUGAAAUCAGAUGCUCCCAUGGAUGUUAUAUGGGAUAUAAUGCGCUGCUGGGUCAAGAACCAUCCAGUGAAAGCCCAGUCAUCUGAUCAGCCAGGAAGCAUAAUACUCUCCAGAGAGCCUGUUCUUCAAGCAAAUUUCGCUCGGGCAGUGGCAUCUCUUAGCAAGUCACAAGCCAAGAAGGUUGUGCGCUUUCUUCCUAAUCCUGAAAGACAUUGGGGUCCAAAGCUUAGGGCAGGUCGCCGAGUUACCAGCAAGCACGUAUCUCUUUUAGGCUCGGAGGCAGUGAAUGGACAUCUUGAAAUUAAAGAAAGUGAAGAGCCCGAGUCUAAACGUCCCAAGGCAGAGGAUCUCACUGCAGAUUCAUGACUUUUCAAGUUCAUUCCUUAAAUUAUCUACCUUUUCUAAUGUUCCUGCCUCUGUCACCCCAGUAACCCGGUUCGAUCCCUUGCACCUGCAACAACGUUUUCCUUUCUUGAAGAUUUCUUAUGCCGGGCCCAGCUACAUGAAGCUGAAUGUCGGUUGGCAUGUCGGCCAUAAAGUUUAAGCCUGCCAGUUGUUAGAAGGCCCACGAUGGACUGCGACAUUUUCUUAUUUCUGUCGGCUCAUAACAUUGAAAAGGAUAGUAGCUACCAACCAAAUCUUAAGAGAGUUUCCCAGGUUUCUUUGUGGACCUUUUUUGUUUUUUUCCUGGUUUGUUCGAAGAAAACUUAAAGAUGCAGCUUUGCAAAUUGUAUGAGUCGGGACCAUUUUCAAAAUUCAAAUCCUCCGUCAAAAAUGUCUGCCUGAGGAGGUACAAGAGCCCCACAAUUCUGUAUCUUUCUUUGUCUUGGUUUUCCAUUACAAGCACCUGUAGUUGUGAUGGUUAUAGUGAUCAAUAUUUUUUGACAAGGUAA